AUGACUUUUACAAGGAGUGUUACAUUGUUCCGUUCACUGCUGUUAAUGCUGAUCCUGGUGCUCCAGGCUAAGAAUUCAGCCCAUGGAAAGGCAGUACGGCCUGGAUUCAACAUAGAGAGAGGCACUGAUGAGAAAAAGAGUGACGACUGCCUGCCCCGAAAAGAUUUCAGAUUCCCUCUAAGUGUGCAAGUUGACAUAAGCAUCAGCAGCACAAAACAUGCUAUCAAAGUGGGUCAUGAUGUCAGUAACCGGUCUAUGUCUCCCUGGGAUUACAGCAUUAAUGAAGAUCCCAACCGGUUCCCCCAAGUGAUUGCUCAGGCCAAGUGCCGCCAUUACAGCUGUGUGGACUCCACCGGACAGGAGGACUACAGCAUGAACUCCAUCCCCAUCCAACACGAGAUCCUUGUUCUCCAACGGGAGCAGAGAGGCUGCCAGCACGCUUACCGGCUGGAGAAACAGCUGGUCACUGUGGGCUGUACCUGUGCCAGGCCCAUCAUCCACUACCUGCAGUAA